AUGAAUGACUUUGCUUGCAAGAAUCUUCAAAUUAUCUGGGAGGAACUUCAGCACUUCAGUUUUGAUUUGACAUGGCUAAAGCCUCAUGUUGAUUCAGCCUUAGGAAUGAGAAGUUAUUUGAUGAAAUUGGAGGAGGCAAAAAAGCUAAAGGAUAAUGUGAUAGCUCUAGAAUUGGAAAUGGAGACGCACAAGGAUACUUUGGUAGCUUUAGACUUAGAAAUGCGUAGAGUUACCUCAAGGAUAAAUACUCUCGAGUUAAAUCUUGAUGCUGCAAGAGACUUGUUGAUAGCAGAAGAACUUGAAGAGGUAGAUUUGGAAGCUGAACUAGGAUUUGUGAAAUCAUAA